AUGGGGUCGGAGAUUACUGGCAAGAACUUGGGUGACUACAGCAGAGAAUAUGCAGCAGUGUUAGACGAAAAAGAUGAUCUAAAGCAGUUUCGCGAUGAAUUCAUCAUUCCGUCCAAGGAAGAUCUCGCCCGAAAAACACUAGCUACAGACCUAGAAAACGACCAGUCAGACCCACGCUGUCUAUAUCUCUGCGGAAACUCCCUAGGCCUCCAACCUCGGAAUCUUCGCAAAUACGUCGACCAAUAUCUCCGUUCCUGGGCUAUCAAAGGUGUCACCGGCCACUUUGUUUCUCAUGAAGAUGCCUUGCUCCCGCCAUAUCUCCAUAUCGACGGGGCUGGAUCGAAGAUGCUCGCACCGAUUGUGGGAGCUUUACCUAGUGAAGUUGCUCUCAUGGGGACAUUAACUGGUAAUAUACAUAUUCUGCUGAGCAGCUUCUACCGACCAACUACGGAACGAUAUAAAAUUAUUCUCGAGGGCAAGGCUUUUCCCAGUGACCACUACGCUGUCGAAUCUCAAAUCCAGCUCCACAAUUUAGAUCCUGCUACAGCAAUGGUGCUGAUCGAGCCCGAAGAUCCAGCAAACCCUAUAUUGAGCACAGAACAAAUAUUAAAAGUGAUUGAUGACAACGCGUCAAGCACAGCACUGAUUCUCCUUCCCGGAAUCCAGUACUACACCGGUCAAUACUUUGAUAUCAAGAAAAUCACAGCACACGCGCAUUCCAAGGGCAUACUCAUCGGAUGGGACUGUGCACAUGCAGUUGGAAACGUUGAAUUGCAAUUACAUGACUGGGAAGUGGAUUUCGCGGCCUGGUGUCACUACAAAUACGUCAAUAGUGGCCCUGGAGCCAUGGCUGGAUUGUUCGUGCACGAAAAACAUGGAAAAGUCAGUCUGAAAGAGCAGGACGGUCACUACGAUUAUCGCCCUCGACUGACAGGCUGGUGGGGUCAUGAUAAGGAAACCCGGUUUGCUAUGGAUAACAAAUUCGUUCCCCAAGAAGGCGCCGCCGGCUUCCAAAUAUCCAACCCAUCAGCCCUAGACCUCAGCGCCGUGGCAUCAUCUCUUGAAUUAUUCAACAAAGCCACAAUGCCAGCACUACGCAAGAAAUCACUCGCUCUAACCAACUAUCUCGAAUCCCUUCUCCUGGACUCCCCUUCUUCCAAGGAAAACAACGUCAACACACUUUUCACUCUAAUCACUCCGUCAAACCCCGAAGAGCGCGGCGCUCAGAUCAGUAUCCGUCUUGAGCAGGGGCUGCUAGAUACCGUCCUAGAAGUGCUGGAAGAGAAUGGCGUCGUGAUUGACGAGCGGAAGCCGGAUGUUGUCCGUGUUGCCCCUACGCCGUUGUAUAAUACUUUCACCGACGUAUGGGAUUUUUGUCAGAUUUUCUUUCAAGCGUGUAGGAAGGCUGCUGAUGUGGUGGGAAGGUAA